UAAGUGUCCACAAUCAGAACACUUUGAAACAGUGAUGCCUUUAGAAAUGGAGAAGACGGUGACCAAGCUGAUGUUUGACUUCCAGAGGAAUUCGACUUCUGAUGACGAUUCGGGCUGUGCCUUGGAAGAAUACGCUUGGGUCCCUCCUGGGCUGAAACCAGAACAGGUUCAUCAAUACUACAGCUGUCUACCAGAAGACAAAGUACCCUAUGUCAACAGCCCUGGAGAGAAAGCCCGUAUCAAACAGCUUCUGCACCAGCUGCCUCCACAUGACAAUGAGGUUCGAUACUGUAACUCCCUGGAUGAAGAGGAAAAGAGAGAACUCAAACUUUUCAGCAACCAGAGGAAGAGGGAGAACUUGGGCAGAGGCAAUGUCCGGCCAUUCCCCGUCACCAUGACAGGAGCCAUUUGCGAACAGUGUGGAGGCCAAAUCAAUGGAGGCGACAUAGCCGUCUUUGCAUCCAGAGCAGGCCAUGGGGUGUGCUGGCAUCCAUCAUGCUUUAUAUGUAGCGUUUGCAAUGAGCUGUUGGUGGAUCUUAUCUAUUUCUAUCAAGAAGGGAAGAUUUAUUGUGGCCGGCACCAUGCAGAAUGCCUCAAACCUCGGUGUGCAGCCUGUGAUGAGAUUAUCUUUGCUGACGAAUGCACAGAAGCGGAAGGAAGGCAUUGGCACAUGAAGCACUUUUGCUGUUUUGAAUGUGAAACUGUGCUGGGCGGCCAGCGAUACAUCAUGAAGGAAGGGCGUCCGUAUUGCUGCAACUGCUUUGAGUCCUUGUAUGCAGAGUACUGUGACACCUGCGCUCAGCACAUCGGUAUCGAUCAGGGUCAGAUGACGUAUGAUGGCCAACACUGGCAUGCUACAGAGACCUGCUUUUGCUGCGCCCAGUGUAAGAAAUCUCUGCUGGGCCGACCAUUUUUGCCAAAGCAAGGGCAGAUUUUUUGCUCCAGAGCCUGCAGCAUGGGUGAUGAUCCAAACGGUUCAGAUUCAUCGGACUCUGCCUUCCAAAGUGCCAGAGCCAAAGAAUCCCGGCGUAGUGCUAAGAUUGGGAAGAACAGGAACAAAGGAGAAGAGAACGCCAGCAGCCAGAGUAAUCAAUUGCAGGUGACCUCCAGCAGACUGUCUGCAGACGUGGACCCUCUCUCCUUGCAGAUGGACCUGCUGAGUUUGUCCAGCCAGACUCCGAGCCUAAACAGGGAUCACGUAUGGAGGAGCAGAGAUGAACUCUACCACUACGGGAACAAAAUGGAGCAAAGUCCAUCACAAAGCCCUUUGCAGCUGCUCAGUCAGUGUAACGUCAGGACGUCCUACAACCCAGCACAGACACCAGGUCCUAACAAGAACUGUGGGGUAAACAUUUCAACAACCCAAAGAGAAACACCUCUCUAGCCAUGAAAGGACAUGGUAGCAGU